AUGGAGCACUCGGUUGAAGAGUUAACCGAAGAAGACGUGGAGAGAGGAUUCACGCAUUGUUACGUCAAGGAGACGUUGUUGAUGGUGAUCCAAAGAAGACACCAUAAGAGGAUGCUUACCUCGGAGAAAAAUAGAGCAGAAGAGGAUGCUUACCUCAGGAGAAAAAUGGAGCACAAAGAAGACUGCUUACCCAAGAGAAGAGGAGGCAGCAGACGGUUAGAGUUAACCAGAGACGUGAAGAGAGUCACGUUUAUGACGUCAUGGAGACAAGUUUUGAAAUCACCGAAGGAAACUGCAGAGGCGACAAAGGAGAAAAGGAAUAGAGAUUCCAAUCCAGAGCAUCUGCAGAAACAGGAACGGUUGAGACGUCAUGGGAUGUCGACGAACCGUGAGAAGAGUCUGAGAGACUUGAAGGAGACAUGGAGAAGGCUCGUGGGUAAGAGAAACCUAGAGUUCCAAUGUCUUGAUGCUCACGCAAGAGUUGUGUGA